CUCAAGCGUCCUCACUCUCAUUGGUUGCUUCCCGCGCGCGCGCCUCGCCUCAGCGGACGCUCGAGCGGCUCGGUGAGCGAGACAGCGGCGCCUGCGAAAACGUACGCGGACGUGGAUCCGUAUCCUGUCAACUGUCAGAGAUACGCGGCGGCGGCUCGGACGCUGAGAGAACGCGUGGGGACAAAGCGGAGUCCACUCUCCCGUCCGCCGUGGUUUAUUUUGGCUGGAGAGCGGCGUACGGACGAACUGACGGAGUGGAGCGCGUGCGCUCGCGCCUGGCUCGCCGAUGCGCACGGAGGAAAACACGGACAGCGGCGCAGCUGCGACUGGCGGUUUUCCCCUUUAGAUUUACUUCACGUCCUCGCGCUUAAGCGGGAACGACGCUGUGUGUGAGUCGAAGCGACUGACUGACUGAGUGACUCUCUGACGGGGCUCUCCUUCGUAUACGCGCUGCUCCAGCCAGCGGCGGCUCUUCUGAGACUCAGCGAACCGGCCGAGGAAACCUGUUUUGCUCCCGCGCUCCACAGCACUGUGGCUGUUGUUGUUGUUGGCUGCUACUGUUGUGAACUUGGAAAAUCCUGUCUGGCUCCGCGUGAGGAGACGAGGAAGGAGGAAGAGGAGAUGAGGCUCAACGGCUGCUGCUGCUGCUCUUUGGCGUUCAUGUCCUCCAAACUAACGUCUCCUGUCCACAGCCGAUAGGCUAACCAGCAUCCGGACUCCAUUUGUAUUCCGAAAGACCGUCUUCUGGAAGUGAACACUAACCCGAGCCAUGUCCAAAACGCUGAAGAGGAAGAAGCACUGGUCGACCAAGGUGCAGGAGUGCGCGGUUUCGUGGGGAGGCGUGGGGGAGUUCGGCUCGAUGGUGGAGAUCCUGGGGGGCGCCGAGCUCGGAGAGUUCCCCUUCCUCGGCCAGAUGAACCUGGAUGUCCUCGUGUGCCACGCCGGGAAGCUUCCGUACUACGGCGACGUUUUGCUGGAGGUGAACGGCACGCCCGUGAGUGGACUUACCAACCGAGACACUCACGCGGUCAUCCGGCACUUCAGGGAGCCCAUUCGCAUCAAGACGGUCAAACCAGGCAAAGUGCUGAACACGGAUUUGAGGCAUUACCUCAGCCUGCAGUUCCAGAAAGGAUCACUGGACCACAAACUGCAGCAAGUCAUCCGAGACAACCUCUACCUGCGCACUAUACCAUGUACCACCCGGCUACCCAGGGAAGGAGAAGUUCCGGGAGUGGACUAUAACUUCAUCAGUGUGAAUGAUUUCAGGAUCCUAGAAGAAAGUGGGCUGCUUCUGGAGAGUGGAACUUAUGAUGGUAACUACUAUGGCACGCCCAAACCGCCAGCGGAGCCCAACUUGGUUCAGCCUGAUCUGGUGGACCAGGUCUUGUUUGAGGAAGAGUUUGGCACAGAAGUCCAACGCAAGCGCACCACCUCUGUCAGCAAGAUGGACCGCAAGGACAGUGUCGUCCCUGAGGAAGAGGAUGAUGAGGAGCGACCAGCACUGCCCAACGGCCUUCCAGAGGGAAGUGAAGAGUGGAGGAGGCCAGUGCCCAGCUACACUCAGUCCAAUAGCAGCAGUGGUGGCGUUCGUGGAGGCAGCAGCAGCGGUGGGGAGCUUCGCACCUGGAGUUCUCUGCCCAGAGACGACAGCCUCGAACCACUACCGUAUAACUGGGAGAUGGCCUACACUGAAACUGGCAUGGUCUACUUCAUCGAUCAUAACACCAAGUCUACCACAUGGCUGGACCCUCGUCUUGCCAAGAAAGCCAAACCACCUGAAAAGUGUGAGGAUGGAGAGCUUCCAUAUGGCUGGGAGGAGAUUGAAGACCCACAGUAUGGCACAUACUACGUAGAUCAUAUAAACCAAAGAACCCAGUUUGAGAAUCCCGUUUUAGAGGCAAAGAGGAAACUCGGACAGGAGACUGCAGUAGCAACUCAGAGCCAAAAGGGGGCAGCACCUCCUCCAGGUGGUGAUGGUGGUACCCCAGGCUUCACACGAGACCCAACUCAGCUGAAGGGGGAGCUCUACCACACAGCCCUUAGGAAGAGCACUCAAGGCUUUGGUUUCACCAUCAUUGGAGGGGACCGGCCCGAUGAGUUUCUCCAAGUAAAGAAUGUGCUGGCAGAUGGACCAGCUGCUCAUGACAAUAAGAUGGCCUCUGGCGAUGUGAUCGUGGAGAUCAAUGGAACCCUGGUCCUGGGUAAGACCCACGCUGACGUAGUGCAGAUGUUCCAGUGCAUACCCAUCAACCAAUAUGUGGACAUGGUUCUAUGCCGUGGCUACUUGCUGCCUCCUGAUGUUGAAGCAGACAGUGAGGAUCUUCCUCCGCCUCCACCCCCUCCGCCCCCCACUGUGGGUGAGGUGGUAACAGCCGUACCACUCAUCAAUGGUCAGCCGCUGCUAGUGAAGGGUGAGGCAUUGCAUGGCUCAUCACAGGAGCUCCACUACGUCACCACAGACUCCAGUGGCCGGCCUGUUGUGGCUGCACUGCCUGGGGGGACCAGUGAGAGGCUGGACGGUGGCAUGCUGCAGCCAGAACUAGUAAGCGUGCCGCUCGUGAAAGGCCCUGGUGGGUUUGGCUUUGCCAUUGCAGACUGCCCGCUGGGCCAGAAAGUAAAGAUGAUUCUGGAUGCGCAGUGGUGCCGUGGCCUGCUGAAGGGAGAUGUCAUCAAAGAGAUCAACCGGCAAAACGUACAAACACUGAGCCAUGCACAGGUGGUGGAUAUAUUGAAGGAGCUGCCUGUGGGGAGCGAGGUCAACCUGCUGGUGUUGAGAGGAGGUCAGACUUCGCCAGUAAAGAGUCUAAGACCUAGACAGGAAAUGAGUGCCAGUCUGGAGACUCUGGACCGUUGCCAUGACGUUGGAGCCCCUCAGGCACUCACCUAUUACUCCAGCACAUUGCCCUGUAGCUCACCCCGACGAGACCAUUCCCUUCACCACACCAAACCACAAGCCACAGUGGACAUGCCUCAAUAUAAAGAGCUGGAUGUGUUUAUAAAAAGAGAUCAGGAGACAGGAUUUGGCUUCCGUGUACUUGGCGGGGAAGGACCUGAACAGCCAGUAUACAUAGGUGCCAUAAUACCACAUGGAGCAGCGGAAAAAGAUGGCCGUUUGUGGGCAGGAGAUGAGCUGAUGGGCAUCGAUGGCAUAACUGUGAAGGGGAAAUCCCACAAGCAAGUGCUGGAUUUAAUGACCAAUGCCGCCCGCAAUGGACAGGUCUUACUGUCUGUACGGAGAAAGGUCAUCUACAGGGAUGUGGGUGAUGAGGAUGAUGGAGCACAGAAUGUGGCUCCAGUACUGGUCAACGGUUCUCCCAGACCCCCACGCAUACAAGUGCCAAGUGUCCUGGACCAUGAAUCAUUUGAUAUUACACUCCAUCGUAAAGAUAAUGAAGGCUUCGGCUUCGUCAUCCUCACCUCAAAAAGCAAGCCCCCACCUGGAGUGAUCCCUCAUAAGAUUGGCCGUAUAAUAGAGGGCAGUCCGACAGACCGGUGCGGUCUGCUGAGUGUGGGCGAUCGUAUCUCUGCUGUUAAUGGCCAGUCCAUCAUAGAGCUCUGUCACAACGACAUUGUGCAGCUUAUCAAAGAUGCCGGCAAUACUGUCACACUUACUGUGGUUCCUGAGGAUGAAUACAAAGGCCCACCUUCAGGAGCCAGCUCAGCCAAACAGAGUCCAGCACCACAGCACAGGACACUGAAAUCCACCACACAAGAGGAGAGGUAUAAUCUGGACAUGGAGGAGAGCAGGGAUGAACUGGCUUGGGCAGAAUAUAAAACCCUUCCCAUGAGUGAGAAAGGAACACUGUGUGUUACAGGCUCCAAACAGGGCUGUAUUCUGGUAGAGUUAGAGCGCGGCCCUCGCGGCUUCGGCUUCAGUCUUAGAGGAGGGACAGAGUAUAAUAUGGGGCUCUAUAUCCUGCGAUUGGCUGAGGAUGGCCCUGCCCUUAUGGAUGGCAGAAUUCAGGUUGGAGAUCAGAUAGUGGAGAUCAAUGGGGAGCCCACACAGGGGAUCAGUCACACCAGAGCCAUUGAACUGAUUCAGGCUGGAGGCAACAAAGUACUGCUGCUGCUGAGACCUGGACAGGGGCUCGUGUCUGACAACAACUCUGCAACAGCUGAUCCAAAAGUCUCUUCACCUCUGAGCUCUCCUGGUGACGUAUUCCUCUCAGACCCGCUGCCAUCCGAUGCUUCAGCCUUUUCAUUCUGUUCACCCUCCUCGCCCUUCGCCCUCUCUCCAGAGCUUUCUGAGUCGAAGACUAGCUUGUCACCUUGCCCCAAAGAAACCAGCAAAGACAGAAGCUCCAGACCUCUAGACCCUGCAUCUCCCAAAGCCUCGGAGCCAAGACAUGGCAAGAGAAGUCAGUCUAAAGAGAACAACUUUGACUCUACAAGUGCAAGACAACCUAGUGAAAAGAAGCUGAAUUGUCCAUCUAAAACCAAAGAUAAAUCUCACAGCUCGCGCAGCUCCAAAGAGUCCAGCAGGCACAGGAUAUCCAGCAAACACCAACCGAGCCAUGCCAAGAGUCCCAGAAAGUCAAACCAAGAGGGACAGGAAGUGGACGUCAAUGAGACACAGGGGGGAAUUGAGGAAAAUCAAUCAAAGAGGAAGUCUCGGAGAGAUGAAAAGAAGGGUAGCAGUGAGAGGGUGGAGAGGGACCAUACAAGAGAAAGGCCGAGAAGCAGCAAGACUGAGGGCACGGACCGGGAGAGAACAGAACAAAAAGGGCGAGAAGAAGUGGUGCGGUCAGAAGAGGAGGCGGAGCUGAAAAGUACCUUGAGAAGAAAGACACAACCACAGGUAGAGGAGCAAGACAGACACACCAACACACCCAGAGAAAAGAAGAGGAAUGGCCAUCAUAAACAUGAAGCCGAGAACAUAAUUCAGCCGAGAGGGAGUAAAGAAUUAAAAAGUGAUUCAAAGAGAAGUAAGGUGGAAAAGAGGGAUAUACAGGUAUACAAUACAGAAGUCAAGCAAAGAGAGGAUGAGAAUGAAAGCGAGGAAGACUCACCAGGGAGCCCAUCAAUGAGCUCAGUGCUCAGUAACUCAAUACUCAGCAUGAAUGGGCAGGCUGGUGCUGGCCUCUGGAAGGUCCCAAGCUCCGCACGUAUUCUCACUCGUGAAGAGGUGAUGCGUGAUUUUUACGGGUAGCUAAAGCAUGCACUUCACUCUCUGGGCAUUGUGCAUUUAACCAUGGCCUCUUCGGAGCUGCUCCCCUAUUUGCUUUGCUUUUUUCCAGAAAACAAACAUGAUCUGCCAGUUUUACACAUCUGCCACAUUUACAUAGCUGCCAUGUCUGACUCGUACAUUGUAACAUGCGCAUGGCAUAGUAUAUGAUGGCUCCACUGCCCUCAUUACCACUGAUUUUGUAACAGGAUGGGUGAAAGCUGUCAAAAAUGGACUUGCUGCUAUUUUUGCUUUUACCCGAUCCGUACAGAGAGCAGUGCUCAUUGUGGAGAGGCUUGGAGUGGAGUUUGCAAAACCUCUGCUGACUUUUUGGUCAAAGGAUCAAAACUAAAAAGGGACUCAGUUCUGUCCACCUUGCCUCACAAACAUCUCCUAAUUUUGUGCCAAUUAUCUUUUUUUUUUAUUUAAGUACAGACUCUCUGCUGACCAUCACAAUGCACUUCAUCCAUAUGCAAUGAAAGGGACUAUCACUCCCUACCACUCACCAAAAGAAUAAACAUGAAUUUGAGUUUUUCUAUGUUCUACAGUCACGUUGCCCCGACCCCUAAAAAAUAUCCUAUUACUGCAUGCAAAGAAAUUACCCUUUUUCUUCCAGUUGCUUUGUCGCAUGCCUUUUUAAAUGCCAGUUAAGGAUGUCUUUCAACCAGACUCUGAUAGCCGACAAAGAACUGUACUUAGAGGCUUGUGGCAAACUGCCUGAGUGAUAUCUGCAGCAACUAGCUUUACAAAGUACUGUUCUAGACUGUUCUCUGAUUUGAACACGCCCGUAUCCUUGAUCUUCAAAUCUGAUUAUUGCAAAAGACCAGAAACUUGUGCUUUAAUAUCUUCUUUGCCAUUUGUAUGAAACCUGUGUAACUUACUGAGAAGUGUAUAUGAGCAUAGAGACAUGUAGCCAUAUCGAAUCAUCGACUACAAUGUGUAGAAGUCCAAAGUACGUAGAAAAGCACCGUGGUAUAUUUACCUUGUAGCAGUUACUUUUGACUCAUCAUGAGAACUAAUGAUACAUGCAGGAGUAUCUGUAAAUGUUAUGUGAUCUUGGACGUUUCAUUUUCUUUCACGUUUCCCACGUGUCCAUCUUCAAACUGAAUGCAAAUGCAGGCAACGUAAGCAAUCUGAGACUUCAGCUGAUAAGAGCAUAUAAAAUACUAUUAAGAUUAAUAAUUCAAACCCAUUCAGACAUCUCAGAGAUCUUUAUAAAUUCUAAAUGAUUCAGUAGAACAACAUGCCAGUCCAUGGUCCUCUCCGAAAUAGGAAUAAUGCAGGUAAAGUGUCCAUUGGUCUGUCUUUUUGAUAAUUCCAUAAAUUAUCCAUUUAUGCUCAUAGGAAAUGUGUGUAGCACCAUUAAGGGCUGAUUAAAAUGGUGGUUCAAUCAUUGUUGUAAUGUUUGAUAGAUUCACCGGUAAGGUAGCUGACACGCCCUAUCAAUACCAAAGGAUUGGCGACCAUCCAACGUGUGUUUUACUGUUUGUGUCUUGUAAUUCACCUCAGGGUAUGAACUGAUGUACAGUAGUCGAUGGUCAUGUGUGAUAGCUUUGACAUAUUCAAGUCAUUCAGUGCCAUGGCAUUUUUGCUCUCCUCUGGAGCAAACAAUGAAUCAUCUGGCUCAUCUGGAAAGCGCCCAGUUCCUUCGUUCAUCUAUGAAUUAUAAACAACACUGAGUUAUGGCGAUAUUCCAACAGGUCAGAGUUGGCACCACUUUGUGUCAGGGACAUCCAACUGAAUUUAUUUCAAUACGUUCUUUAAAAAAUGGACUCAAUAUUAAAAUAAGGCCAUAAAAUAUUCAGCACCAAGUAAUCAGCAACAUUCGAGCCGCAACUAUCAGUAAUGUUGCAGAAUGAAAUGGUGUCAUGCAUCAUUUCAGUGCAGGUGGUGAAAUCCUAAUGGUCUGUAUGGUCUGUAUCAUGUGGUCCAAGAUGUAAAUGUUUAAAUAUUGUACAGCACCUUUAUAAAUAUGUUGUUGAGUGCUCUCUCAGAAGAAUGAAUAGAGAUUUGUAAAUUCGCUCCAUUAUUUUUGUAUUUAAGUAUUUAAAAAAAAGAUUUAAAGUGGAUCAAAAGCUAAGAUACCCCUGUCCUGGUGUUCUGUUCAUGCACUGUAAAAUAAAGGUUUAUGGGAAAAAAA